GACAGAAGAAAAAAUCUUUAUCUAUAUUUAAUUUUAUUCUAUUAAUUACGUGGCAUAAACAGAGGUUUUGCGUUGAACAAAGUAUUUGUAAUUCAAAAUGGAUGUGUAUGUUCCACAAGCUGUUGUCAAGAGCGUGUGUGGCACGAUCGAGGACGGCAGAGCGUACGAACGAGAGCGGUCGCAAGCAACCCAACCUCGCCAAUCAGUGGUGCCUAGACCAACCGCAGACUCUAGCGUGUUUCCUCGCGCUCCCCGACACGAUGCUUUUCCACCCGCGUCAUUUUCAGAGUUCGACGCGACCAAAAUGCAACACGGUGACUAUGCUGGUCGUAUGAGGCCUGAAUUUCAACACGAGACCGGCUAUGCUACGAAUCCUGAUACCAGAGACCAUCUUGGACACGCGUUCUAUGUUUCUGGGUCUCCGUUAGUUCAUCAAUACCGUACCGACCAAGUUGGUGAUUUUUCCUAUGAAAAAGAGUCAAGCCCAAGUCAGAAAACAACACUGACGAGAGAUUUCAAUGGAUCAGAAAUGGAAAACAAUUCUCAAUACUCAUUACGGAGUGACGGCAAAGAAUUAAAGAAGCACAAGCUACACUUUCCCUUUGGAGGUUGCUGCAUAAAGAAAAACCGAGCUUCUGAAUUCAAGAAUAAUGCAUCGUCGUGUACUACUCUCGAGGUCUCGACUGUUAUCGACACCUCCACGCCUGGCCCUUCAGGUAAGGCUCCGUUUCAGUUCCCUGAAGCGGAACAUCGUUCUGCUGAGCGAGGCAGUUUUGCCAAUGCAAAUUUCCAGGCCAGUAAAAAACAGUUGCAGCUUACUAAGAACACGAGUUGGUUCAUGGAAGGAAGCCAACCAAAAAGCCAGAAGGAAAUUUCAAAGAAUGAUCUCGCCCCAUCAGGUUCCGAUCUGUUCAAAUUUCACUUCAGUCGAACUCCAAAGAAAAAAACUUGUGCACACAAGUCGCAAUCAACGGCAAAUACGCCAUGCUCUUGCGCGGAUUGCUACAGCUCAUCAGUUCAUAGUUUGGACGGAAAGCAACUGAUGUGCGAUUCUCAAAACAGUGGUGAAAAUGAGAAAGUGCAUCCAGAAGAUCGAUGCCAUCAUGACAGCAAUCGCAGUCGUUCUAAAUUCCGGUCUCUUUCCUUUGACAAUCUUUUAAGAUCAGGAGAUGCUCGUCGGGACCACGAGUCUACAAUUAACGCCUCAAGUAAAGGACAAACUAAUCAAUGUUAUUUGGAAGAAAAGAGAACUCACCGAAGCACUUCAGUCACCAGUGAUCGCAUGCUCACCAAGCCUGUCCAAUCUGAGGAAGACGUGAGCUCAUCAGAGGAAAAUAAAUCCAUUGGUUGCUUCGGAAAAAGCAAAACUAGUGGGCUAAAAAGGAAGAAAUUAUCCUCAUGCCAAGAUAUUGAUUCUGUGUCGGAUAAGACUGCUAACGUAUCCGGACUCAAACACAACUUGAAAAAUCCAGCGUUUGUACCGGCUUAUUCAAAGAUGAAAAGGGAGCUCAAUGUGAGCGAAGAAGAUGUGUACUCGCGCAGUGGAAUUAAUCUGAGCUCUUCGGAGGUUGAGAAAAACAAGCGAUUUACAUUGCCCUCUAUUCCAAUUUCUCAAAUUUUUAUGAAGACUAAAUCUCACGAGCAUGAUUUGAGUUUCAAAAAGGAGCAUCAAAGCCCUUCUGGUGAUCCUGAAAAUUCGGAUGAUAGUAGUAGAAAGCAUAAAACUAAUUUUUCGACUGCUGAAUCUGGUGACACUGAAUUCGUCGUGACUUCAAAUGUUGGUUCUAAGAAGGAAGAUCGCUUCAACGUAAAAUUACCGAGAAUAAAGGCGAAAAAAAUUAAACUGAGAGAUGAAAUGGCAUACCCCAUAACAACUUCUCAGUAUUCAGACAAUUUUGAUAUGCAGCCUUAUUUAGAUCGUUCGAAAAGACUGGCACAACUGGAAAAGCAAAACGUAAAUAUCAGUGUAGAUGCUUCCAUGGCCGAUAACGAUCCCAACCUCCAUUUUGGAGGAGAGAAACAUCAAGUUCCCGAAAGAGAGAAACUAGGAGCUCUGAAAAUUAAUUUACCAAGAACGCAUGCAUCAUUGCAAACAACAGCGCUCGCAUCACAUAAUAUCAGCGACUCUGUUGAUGCCUGCUCCGCAGAUGUUAAUUUCUCCGACAUAUGUGGCGGAAUUGACUUGACAUGCCGAUCCGACUUAGAUGGAACAAAUGAACACUCGAGCUUCAAUACUGCGGAUCGAAACAUACAGAGAAUGCGUAGUGAUGAGCUAAUUAUCAAAUCUGAAGGUUAUUCACCGAAACAAUAUGACACUGACUUGGAUUUGAAGUCAGAUGAAAGGGCAAACAACAAAGAGAGUUUCAAUUUGAAAAUCUCCAACUUCAAAGUACCUAGCUUUGGCUUGAGAACUAAAAACAAAGAAAAAAUUGGCGAUGGAUAUAAUGUUGGAGGUCUGGAUAAGAAUAUGUCAAUGAAAAGUCAACCGCAUACUGUUGAAAUCGAACGUUCCAAAAUUGAGGGAGACUAUGAAAUUCAAACCCCAAAAUUACCAUCCGUCGAGUUGGACGUAAAUGCUCCUAAUUUGUCUAUGGAAGAUCAAAAUUUGAAGCUGAAACUUGAUGCCCCCGAUCUUAAUCCCAAGCUUGAAGACGAUGUAGAUAGCUUCAACAUAAAUAUGCCUAAAUUCAAAAUGCCAAAAUUCAACAUGAAUAUGGGAAAGAAAGGCAAGAUUGGAAGAGAUCUGUCAGAUGUAGACUUGAACGUGCCUGACUUGAGUGCGUCACUCAAGACGGAAAUCCCCACUCUUCCGAGCAUCGACGGAUCAGUCGACUUAGGUGUGCCGGAUAUGAAUUUGGGGGCGAUAUCUGGUGGAAUCGACCUUGAUGGAAAAACACCCGGCAUUGACUUCGAUUUUCCCGAUCUCAACCUGAAAAUGCCAAAAGUUAAACUGCCCAAGUUCGGGGUGAAGGUUGACAAGCCCGAUUUUAAUCUAAAAGGUCCCAAAAUGGGUGGUAUGAGUGUGGAUGUGCCAAACAUUGAUGUUCCAAAGCUCGAUGUUAAUGUUGAAAUUCCAGCUCUUCCAUCUAUCGAGGGUGGCAUCAGUGCCGAAGCAAAUCUUCCAGAAACCGAUAUCAAGCUGAAGACUCCUGAUGCAAAUUUAGAUCUUGAUACUGACUUAGCAGCUGGCGGGAGAGGAAGUUUCAACAUUAAAAUGCCCAAGAUUGGCAUGAAAGGACACAAGAAAGGAAAGUUGGACAUCAAUGCUCCCGAUUUGGAUUUGAAUGGUCCAGACUUAGACAUUUCUCUAAGAGGUCAAGCGCCGCUUGUGCCAGAUUUUGAUGCCAAUUUGAGUGUUGACAUGCCGAGCGUGCCGUCGAUGAAGGAGGCUGUCGAUAUCGACGUAAAUGCUCCAGAUGCUAAUUUCGAUGUCGAUGUGCCGAGUGAUGGUAAGAGUAGUCUUGGAUUGAAAAUGCCCGACAUCAAAAUGCCUAAGUUUGGAAUGAAGUUCGGAAAAACUGAUUUGGAUAUAGGUGCACCAGAUAUUGAGAUCAGAGAACCCAAGAUUGAGGGAAACUUUGAAAUUGAAACCGCCAAAUUACCAUCCGUCGAGUUUGACGUGAAUGCUCCUAAUCUGUCGAUGGAAGAUCCAAAUUUGAAGCUGAAACUUGAUGCCCCUGAUCUUGAUCCCAAGCUGGGAGCCGACGUUAAUGGCUUCAACGUAAAUAUGCCUAAAAUCAAAAUGCCCAAAUUCAACAUGAAUAUGGGAAAGAAAGGUAAGAUUGGAGGAAAUCUGCGAGAUAUAGACUUGAACGUGCCUGACUUGAGUGCGUCUCUCCUGACGGAAAUCACCACUCUCCCGAGCAUCGGCGGAUCAGCCGACUUAGGUUCGCCGGAUAUGAACUUGGGGGCGAUAUGUGGUGGAAUCGAUCUUGAUGGAAAAACACCCAGCAAGGUUGACAAGCCCGAUUUCAACCUUGAAGGUCUCAACAUGGAUGGUGUGAGUGUGGAAGUGUCUAACAUUGAUGUUCCAAAGCUCGAUGGUAAUAUAAAAUAUCCCGCUUUUUCAACGAUUGAGGUUGAUGUCAGUGCCGAAGCAAAUCUUCCAGCAACCUAUAUAAAGCUGAAGACUCCUGAUGUCGAUUUAGAUCUUAACACCGACCUAUCUGGAGGAAGUGGAAGUUUCAACAAGAAAAUGCCUGAGUGCAAUAUGCCUAAUGCUCCGGUUCUUUCGUCAAAAUAUCGUUGUCUGGAACUAAACAUUGAAACUCCAGGUGUGGAUCACUGGCAGCAUCACGAAAUGGGGAUUUCCAAUGUCUUAGGAGGACCUCAUGAAUAUCAUGAGUCUAUGGACGAGUCAAGUUUGACUGGUUAUAGCCAGCCUUAUAAAUUUGGACUUUUGAGUAGAGGGCAACCUCCAAGCACCCAAGAACUUUUGCCUUGUCCGAGUCUCAAUUCGAUGACAGUUGAUUCUGAUGGACCGAGAAUCUUUUCAGCUGUCAAGAGCAUUUACCUGGAUGUCGGUAGUGGUCUGCCAAUAUCGGGGGGCAUUGAUGUUGACCCUGAUGCAACUGGAAUCCCUUCACGAGAUGAAUACCGUCGAAGUAAAUUUAACUCUCCAUUAUCGAAAAGAGGCAAAUAUAAUGUGUCGAAGCCCAAAAUUUUUGAAACUGAUGAUCUAGUUUUGAAGAAAUGUACCGCAAGAAGCGUGAGUGGUGAAUAUUUGCCUGGAAGUAGCGUUCAUUCAGUUGAAGAGAGAAAAAUUAAUGCCCCGUUCAAUAUUUAUGAAGCAAAUGCCAAAGAUAUUCAUGAGCCUUUCUCCUCCGAUUUAAAACAUUCGCCCGACGUCCAACGACCGGGAGAUUCGUCUUUGUCUAUGAUUCCAACUUUACAUGGAAGGGCACGAAAUAAUGUAAAUUUUAAAGAACCAACAAAAUAUUCCCGCGAUAGUUCUUCAGAAAGAAUUUUAAGUAUUGAUCUGGAAUCUUCGUCUCAAGGUGCCCUUGUCGCUUCACCGAAAACUACUUCAUCUAUACCUAUACGGAUUAAAACAGAUUCCCGUACUGAAGUUGUCACGAGUGAAGAAACAUCGACCGUUAGAAAACGCGUUGAAACUUUUUCCGAUCUUCCAGGUAAAGAGGAAAGUGACUUUCCCAUGGAUGAUCAAUUUACGGCGCGAACCACCACGAAACCAUCAUACAUUCCUACUAUUGAAGGUAGCAAAGUGACCGUGCGGAGAACGAAAAUGACAAAACAUGACUCGGCGCGGUCCGACUUGACAGAUCCAGAAGCAACAGCCAGCUAUUUUCAUGACGACUCUGACGAAGUAGUUUCUGUUAAAAAAAUAGUUCGGGUUAAAAGAAUACGCAUUACUGAAUCAAGUGACGGACGCAAGGAAUCAACUGAAUAUGUGACAACGUCUGGUGGUAUGGACGACGAUGACGUAAUGAAGUUGUUAGAGAGACAGGGACCAAACGUGACUUCACGCAUUACAACGAAAACCAUAAAAUACACACCUCAAACUCAAGGUUCAGAAAGUUAUGAGUUUGACCCUCGCGAUGGUGAGAUCCUCAGUGAGACUCACCAAGUCAUCAGAGGCCCGUUGAGUCUCACAGACCUGCUGAAGGACGACGCGAGACUCGCAGAAAGCUCCUCGGUCACGACCCGAGUGGUCACCGAGAGAAAGUACCUUACGGAAGAGGUCACCGAGUCUACAGAAGUCGACAACCAAGAUCAAAAUUAAUGCUUUCAAAAUUAAUUAACUUUAGUUAGUAGUUUAUUUUAGUGAUUGAUGGAAUAUUGUGAUGAGAUCCUCUAAAAAAAAUCCCUCAACGAUGGUCAAGCUAUUUACGUGUUAACGAACCGACUAAGAAACGCAUCUCAAUGAAGAUCAUGAAGCUAACAUUUCAGUAGCAAAGCUCACCUCCCUCUACACGCAAACACUUGCUAAUAGUCAGCAAAUUACAAGCUUUCAAGUUCAACCAACGCUGAAACUUCUGAACCCAAUUCAAGGCUGAUGGUUGACCUAUGUUGAAGUUGAUCCCAGUCCCCAAUAGAACAUAUGGUUCUAUUUGCAGUUUGAUAGUACUAUCCCAUCAGUGGUAGAGCUGCUGCUCAUGCCCAACUCUGGUCAAGGCUAUGAAAUUUGAGGAGAGUAGCCUCAUGGUUUGGGCUGAGAGUAGCUGCUGUUGAAGGAGAAGUUGUGGAGCAUACUGCAACUCCUCAGCAAACUUCAACUCAAGUAACUGCUGUUGAAGGAGAAGUUGUGGAGCAUACUGCAACUCCUCAGCAAACUUCAACUCA